CGUAGAUCUAUAUUUUUCUACUUUUAUGUUCCGCAAAAAUUAAUAUUAUUAUUUGUGAUUUUCGCGAAUUUUCAAAGAGUUUAUGUCCAUAAAAACAUACAACUAUAUGUUGUACAAGUGAAUUUAAUGUUAAUUUUUUAAAAAACGACUUAUUAUGUGUUAAAAUUCAGUUUUUCUGUUCAGAUGUUUUUUCAAUAGAUUUUCAAACAGGGUUUUAUUUUUCAUGUGAACAAGAAGCAAAAAAAAUAGAAAAAAAUAGAGAAACAAAUUUCAACGACAAAAAGCGACGAGUCUACAACGAUUGAAGCAUAAGAAGAACAUUGAAUUUACAUCCGAUACAAAAUACGACUAAGAGUUUAUAAUUUUUUUUAUUGCCGGACGAAAGUAUAUAGCUUUAAGCAGUGGAAAAGGACCUUCAAAAGAGAUUAUUGAUUGUUGACAAUUUCAUUUUUCUUUAAAGAAAAAAAGUAAAUUUCACAAUAAGUUUCUAAAUCAUGGCCGCACAACUUUCAUUGCGGAUCAGCUUGGAAGGAGGACGAGUCACAAAAACAAUUCAAUUUGAUCCAAACACAUCAGUAUUCGAUGCAUGUCGCAUUAUUCGAGACAAGUUUGCAGAAGCUGUUCAAGGACAAGCCAUGGAAUAUGGAUUGUUCUUGUCAGACGAAGAUAGUCGCCAAGGAGUUUGGCUAGAACCGGGACGCAAUCUUGGAUAUUACUUACUUCGUAAUUUAGAUGUAUUGGAAUAUCGAAGAAAGUUGAGAACAUUAAGAGUUCGAAUGCUUGAUGGUGCUGUUAAAACUAUUCUGGUCGAUGAUUCACAGCCAGUCACACAAUUGAUGGUUGUCAUUUGUACAAAAAUCGGCAUAACAAAUCAUGAUGAGUACGGCUUGGUUCGUGAAGAGCAAGAGUCACAAAACGAAAAUCAGCCAGAUAAUAAAUCGAAUUUCGGUACAUUAACAUUGAGACGUAAAUUGACUGGAGAACGUGAUCGUGAUACUAAAAUGGAAAGCUUGAGGAAGAAAUUGAAGACCGAUGAUGAAAUCAAUUGGGUUGACAAUAGCAAAACUCUUCGUGAACAAGGAAUUGAUGAGAGUGAAACGGUCUUAUUGCGUCGAAAAUAUUUCUUCUCGGACCAAAAUAUCGACUCAACAGAUCCCGUUCAAUUGAAUUUGUUAUAUGUCCAAGCCAGAGAUGCCAUUUUAAAUGGUACACAUCCGAUUACACAAGAUAAAGCAUGUGAAUUUGCUGGCGUACAAGUCCAUAUACAAUUCGGUGACUACAUAGAAGCAAAACAUAAGCAAGGAUUUUUGGACUUAAAGGAAUUUUUACCAAGCUCAUAUGUACGAGUAAAAAACAUCGAAAAGAAAGUGUUUGCAGAACAUCGUAAACACAUUGGUGUCAGUGAACUCGAUGCAAAAGUUUUAUAUACAAAAUCAGCUCGUGAAUUACCAACUUAUGGUGUUACAUUUUUCCUUGUAAAGGAGAAAAUGCAUGGAAAAAACAAAUUGGUGCCUCGUUUGUUGGGAGUCACAAAAGACUCCGUGUUACGUUUAGAUGAGAAGACAAAAGAAAUUCUUAAAACAUGGCCAUUGACUACAGUUCGUCGUUGGGGUGCAUCACCAAAUACAUUCACACUCGAUUUUGGUGAUUAUGCUGAUCAAUAUUAUUCCGUUCAAACAACUGAAGCCGAGCAAAUUGUACAACUUAUUGCUGGCUAUAUUGACAUCAUUUUGAAGAAGAAGAAAAGUAAGGAUCAUUUCGGAAUUGAGGGCGAUGAAGGAUCAACUAUGGUUGAAGAAAGUGUUGCUCCGUUCAAAGCCUCAAUUAUUCAACAAGAAAUUACAAAAGUUGGAAAAGUAAAUGAGGAAUCAAUUUAUAAGCCUGUAUUAAUUCGCGGAGUUGAUGCAUCACGUACAUUCACAACUGGCGAAAUGAAUUCAGCACAAUUUGGUGCUAUUGUUGGUCAAGUUAAUUUAGCUCAUCAACCGCCAAUGCUUCAAACAACUCAUGUCAGUACGAUUUUGACGGAACCACAACGUGCCUUACUCGGAUAUAUUUCGGCUGGUCAAGAAGCAAUCAGCAAAGCUGAACGCGAUCUUGAAACAAGAGCUGCCUUACCGCCACUUGGAACUGAUCCUGGAUCUAUGCAAUGGCGUGAAGAAACUUUAGAAACAUCAAAACAAACUGUUACAAGUCAUUUGUCAAAUAUGAAUGCAGCUACAGCACAAGUAGUCACAGCUGCAAAUGCUGAAGAUGUUGAUCAUGAUGCUGUUGGCGCUGCUGUGUCACAAAUUGCCCAAUCAAUUCCAGAAGUCACCAAGGAAGUUAGAUUAAUUGCAGCAUUAAUGGAUGAUGACUUUAAUGGUGAUAAAUUAUUAGAAGCUACAAGAAAAUUAUGCAAUGCAUUUAGUGAUUUGUUAAAAGCUGCUGAGCCUGAAGCUAAAGAUCCACGUCAAAACUUGUUUAAUGCUGCUAGUCGUGUUGGUGAAGCGUCUGGUCAAGUUUUAUCGACGAUUGGAGAGGAAGAUGAUUCUAGUAGAGAGCUUCAUGAUAUGUUGCUAGCAUUAGCUAAGGCUGUGGCUAAUACUACAGCUGCUUUGGUAUUGAAAGCUAAGUCUAUCGCUUCUGAAUGUGAGGAUGAGGCUACCAGAAAUAAAGUAAUUGGUGCCGCUAGUCAAUGUGCUUUGGCCACAAGUCAAUUAGUUGCAUGUGCUCGUGUCGUUGCUCCUACAAUUCAAUCACCAGCUUGUCGUGAACAAUUGGAAGCAGCCGCUCGUGAAGUUGCUAAAGCUGUAACUGUACUUGUAGAAGUUUGUAACGAAGCGUCCGAUAAUCAUGAACUAAAGGGUGAUUUGAUGUCUGCAGCAAAAGAAGUAUCAAGGUCAUUAUCUGAUUUAUUAGAACACAUUCGAGUAUGUUCUCGUGAACGUGCAGUCCGAGUAGAAGAUGAAAAUCCUGUCGAUAAUGUUCUCGUUGCAACUGAUAUUUUGGUAUCAUCAAGUGAUCCCCAAGAAAUGAUACGUCAAGCAAAGGCACUUGGCCAAGCCACAGCAGAAUUAAUAAAAUCAAUCAAAGGUGAAGCAGAACGUAAUGAAGAUUCAGAAAUUCAAAGACGUUUGUUGGCAGCUGCAAAACAACUAGCAGAUGCUACAGCCAAAAUGGUCGAAGCUGCUCGUCUUUGCGCAAGUUCACCUCAUGAAUCGGCACAUCAAGAAGCUUUGCGUCAUGCUGCUGAAGAAUUGCGUGAUAUAACUGCAACAACAGCAAAAACACCAGCCAUGAAACGUAAAUUAAUUCAACGUUUAGAACAAUGUGCUAAGCAAGCUGCUUCAUCAGCCACACAAUGUAUUAGUGCUGCACAAAAUGCCACUAAUUAUAGCGAAGAUAUUCAAACAAAAGAAAUAUUGAUUCAAGAUUGUCAAGCCGUUGCAGAACAAAUUCCAAGAUUAGUAUCAGGUGUUAAAAAUACUUUGGCACAUCCAGAUGAUUUAUCAGCUCAAUUUGGAUUGAUUGAAGCUUCUGAACAAUUUUUGGAGCCAGGAACUCAAGUUGCUGCUUCAGCCAGAAAUCUUCAACCAACUGUCCGUGACCAUAAUUCAGCUACGCAUUUAAGUAAGUCUUCCAUCACUUUAAAUCAUUCAAUUCACGAAUUAAGAUCCGCUGCUCAAAGGGCACGUGAAGCUUGCGGUGGAAAUGAAUUGGAAUCAGCAAUUGAUGCUGUUAAAAAUUUGAGAAAUGUUCUUGCUGAUACAAAACGUGCUGCACGAGAUGGCUCAUUACGUCCUUUGCCUGGUGAGACAGAAGAUGGAUCUUUCAAACUUCUUGGAACGACCAGUAAUGGAGUUGAUGUCGCAAUUGUUCAAUUAUUAUCUGCAGUCACUCAAGGAAACAGUUCAUAUGCCGGUGUAGCAGGUAGAGAUACUGCCUUAGCUCUUGGUGAAUUCACAAAAUCAGUUCGUGGUGUUGUUGCAACAAAUAAAAAUCCAAUGGUAAUUGACUGUGCUGAUGAAGUUAUUAUUGAAUCAAUAAGAUUGAUUGAAGAAGCACAAAGAACAUUACAAAACCUUGGAAAUCAAGAUAAUCUUUAUGUAAGUGCUAAGCGAGUAAAGAAUUCACUUGCAAAGACUCAAGAUUGUCUUCCAGGUUUAAAGGAUAUUAAUGAAGCAUACGAAACCAUUACUGAAUUGAGACAAAUUCUUGAUGAAGGACAAUAUCCACCACCAUCAAGACCAUUCGGACAUCUUCAAACUGACUUGAAAACAGCAGCAAAUAAUUUGAGUACCGCUGGUGGAAGAGUUGCUCAAGCUUAUUCGAGUCCAAUUCAAUUGGCAAAUACAAGUCAAGAUUUUUGUGGUGCUUAUAAAGAGCUUUUAACUGUUACUUUAGAAAUGGCUGGGCAGACACAAGAAGAACAUAAUCGUGUCAUCAUUGUUGAUUCACUUCGUGGAGUAACAAAUCAAAGUACGAGCUUGUUAGGAACCGCUAGAAAUGUUGCAGCUGAUACUGCAUAUCCAAAUUCUAAAAAUGAAUUAGCUACAGCUGCACGUCUCGUUACUGAAAGUAUAAAUAAACUUGUCGAUGUCUGCACACAAUCAGCUCCGGGGCAAAAAGAAUGUGACAAUGCAAUAAGAUCGAUUGAAUCAUUGAGACCAUUACUCGAAUCGCCCCAAGAAGCAUUGACUGAUCAAGGAUAUUAUGAUUGUUUAGAAACUGUCAUGGAUAAGAGUAGAACAUUAGGAGAUGGAAUGACAGGUAUUGCAAAUAAUGCAAAACAUUCUCAACAUGUUGAAUUCGGACACGCUGUUAAUUCUGUUUCUGAAUCUAUUCGUGGAUUAAUUGAAUCUGCUGCACAAGCUGCAUAUCUCGUUGGUGUUUCAAAUCCAACAAGUACUUCAGGACGUCCUGGCUUAGUUGAUUCAUCAGCUUUUGCUCGUGCCUCUCACGCUAUCCGUCAAAGUUGUGAUGUUUUAAAAGGACCAACAAGUACACAACAACAAGUAUUAUCAGCCGCUACAAUUAUUGCAAAACAUACUUCAGCAUUAUGUAAUGCUUGUAGAAAUGCAAGUUCAAAUACACAAAAUCCUGUUGCUAAGAGACAUUUUGUUCAAGCAGCAAAAGAUGUAGCAAAUUCGACAGCAUCAUUAGUGCGUGAAAUCAAAGCUCUUGAUCAAGAUUAUAGUCCCGCAUCAAGAAUGAGAUGUUCAAAAGCCACCGAACCAUUAUUGGAUGCCGUCAGUUCUUUGUGUCAAUUUGCAUCCUCACCAGAAUUUGUUUCAAUACCCGCAAAAAUAUCAUCCGAUGGAAGAAGAGCACAAGAACCGAUAUUAAAUGCAGGACGUGGAAUUUUAGAUGGCGCAGUUGAAAUGGUAAAGACAGCAAAAGUUUUAGCAGUGACCCCAACAGAUCCUCCAAUUUGGCAACAACUUGCAAUUCAUAGUAAAUCAGUAUCUGAAUCAAUUAAAAAACUUGCUUCAAGUAUUCGUGAAAAAGCACCGGGCCAAUUACAGUGUGAAUCAGUUAUUGAAAGUCUUAACUCGUGUGCUAGAGAAUUGAAUGCAACAUCAAUGGCAAUUGGAAUUGAAGGACUUCCACCUAAAAAGGAUAAUAAUUUACAAGGUUAUACUGGACAGGUAUUAAAUGCUGCAAGUGAAUUGAUUGAUAAAUUAGAACCAGUAAAAUCAUCUGCAAAGAAAAAUGCCGAAACAUUAGGACAUGCUGUAACUCAAAUUUCUAGACAUAUUAUUCCAUUAACAACGGGAACAAUUGGUGCAUCAUCACUCGUUAUUCAUUCGGGUCAACAAUCUCUUCUAAUCGAUCAGGCAAAAUCAAUUGUAGAGAGUUCAAUUCAAUUAGUGCAAGUUGCAAAAGAAGCCGGCGGAAAUCCUCGCGCAGCACAUUUACAUCAGGAAUUAGAUGAAUGUGUCGAAUCAACGAGGGAAGCAAUUAUAGAAUUAAAUGCAACAGUUGAACGAUUAUCGACUGAAAAUGGCGUAGUUACUGGAUUAAUUGAACAAAUAUCGCGCUCAAUAUCUCGUAUAACUGAUAAGCGUCAAUCAUUCUUAGGUACAUCAUUGAAUGAUACAUAUGUUGAUUAUCAAACAAGAAUGGUUCAAUCAGCGAAAGAAAUUGCUCGUCAUGCUAACGAAAUUAAUGCCAAAGCGGCUUUCGAUCCAACAAAAUUGGCUCCAUUAUGCGUUGAAAUGACAAGACAUUAUACACAAUUGGCACAAGAUUCUGUUGGAGCCUCAUCAUUGACAACAUCGCCUGAUAUUUCGAUUAGAAUUAAAAAUACUGUCCAAGAUUUGGGUCGCUCCGUAACACAUUUAAUUCAGUCAACAACUGGUGUCCGAAAAGAUGAUGCAAGUAGUUUAAAUGAAACUCAAAAAGGUUCACGAGAUGUUUCGGAAAAAGUUUCGCAAGUUUUGGCCGCAAUACAAGCCGGAUCAAGAGGUACACAAGCUUGUAUAAAUGCAUCAAGUACUGUUGCUGCAAUUAUUGGCGAUUUGGACACAACAAUUAUGUUUGCUGCUGCUGGAACUUUACAUUCAGAAGGCGAAGGUCAUUUUGCGGACCAUCGUGAACAUAUUUUAAAAACGGCCAAAGCACUUGUUGAAGAUACAAAAGUUUUAGUUGCUGGAGCCGCCGGUACUCAAGAUCAAUUAGCUAGUGCUGCACAAAAUGCUGUCUCUACUAUUGUCCAACUUGCUGAAGCUGUAAAGAAAGGUGCAAGUUCACUCGGUUCUCAACAAUCCGAUUCACAAGUUAUGGUAAUGAAUGCUGUAAAGGAUGUUGCCGCAGCACUUGGUGAAUUGAUUAAUGCGACAAAAUUGGCUUCUGGUAAACCAAUACACGAUCCAGCCAUGAAUGACUUGAAAGAGAGCGCAAAGGUAAUGGUUAUGAAUGUGACAUCGUUAUUGAAAACUGUAAAGGCUGUUGAGGACGAACAUACGCGUGGUACACGAGCGAUGGAAGCAACAAUUGAAGCAAUUAUACAAGAAAUUCGUGCAAUGCAAUAUUCUGAAUCGAAUCGUACAUCCGCAAUGCCAUCGACACCCGAAGAUUUAAUCCGUGUUACCAAAAAUGUUACUGUAGCAACUGCAAAGGCAGUAUCGGCCGGUUCAAGUAAUUUACAAGCUGAUAUAACUGCUGCCGCAAAUAUUGGACGUCGUGCAAUUUCUGAAAUGUUAAUUGUAUGUAAAUCAGUUGCUUGGAAUUGUGCUGAAAGUACUGAAUUAAGACAAAGAACUCUUGAUGCUGGUGGUGCAGUUGGAAGUGCUUAUCGUGAACUUCUUGAAGGUGUUUUAAGAAAUUGCUCAGCCGAUGAACGUAUGCAAUAUUCACGUCGUGUUGCUAAAUGUGUUACAGACUUAGUCAGUAUGGCACAAUUAUUAAAAGGAUCCGAUUGGGUUGAUCCUGAAGAUCCAACAGUUAUUGCUGAAAAUGAAUUACUUGGCGCUGCUGCUUCAAUUGAUGCUGCAGCAAAGAAACUUGCUAGUUUACGACCAAGAAGGCAUCCUGACAUUAAGCAAACGGAUGAGAAUAUGAAUUUUGAUGAGAUGAUCCUUGAAGCUGCAAAAGGAAUAAUGGCUGCAUCAUCAACUUUAGUUCGGGCUGCAAAUGCAGCACAACGUGAAUUAAUUGAUCAAGGAAAAGUUGCAAAAAGACCACUUACAUCAUCGGAUGAUGGACAAUGGUCUGAGGGAUUAAUUUCGGCGGCAAGACUUGUAGCUGCAGCUACUCAUAGUCUUGUUGAAUCUGCACAAAAUCUUGUACAAGGAGUUGGAACCGAGGAAAUGCUUAUAUCAUCCGCUAAACAAGUUGCAAGUUCAACAGCACAACUUUUAAUUGCAUGUAAAGUAAAAUCGGAUCCAAAUUCAGAGAGUGGACGAAGAUUGCAAGCUGCAGGAAAUGCUGUAAUUAAAUCAACAGACAAUUUAGUUCGAGCAGCACAAACAGCAAUUGAGGGCGAAGAGGAACAUACAUUAAAACUUAAUAGAAAUAUGGUUGAUGGAAUGGCACAGGAAAUUAAUGCACGUUCUGAAGUGUUACGAAUGGAAAGACAACUUGAGGAAGCAAGAAAUAAAUUAACAGCAAUACGUCAUGCAAAAUAUCGACAAAAAAACGUAGCAGGAUAUACAACUGAUGAAAGUGACUUUGAAGGUGGUAAUACAAGUGCUAGCGGUUAUUAUCCAGGACAACAAGGAUUUACCUCACCAUCUCCAACACAUAUGAAUAGAUCAGGUAAUGCAACAAGUCCAUCACCAAGUCACUUCCAAAAUCAAGUCAAUUCAACGACAUAUGAACAACAACAGCAAAUAAAUCAACAAAUUACACAACAAAAGAGAUCAAAUCUUUUAACAGCUAAUGCAGUACCAAAACCAUACAAUUCUUCAAUAUUGUCUUCCGGAUCCCCAUCACCACAGCCCCCUCCUCCCCCACAACAGCCAAUUUCUCCUAUUCAAAAUCGCAUCUAUGAAACUACCACAAUUACCAAUCCAAAUUUAAAUACGCGAUUCGAUAAAGCACGAUUAGAGCAAUGCGUUCAGGAUUUACAUGAUAAGACAUUUGGAAAGAGUUCGCCUGUUAAUACAUUAAGUACAUUUAAAACGACAGUAACGACAAAUAUUGCUCCACCAAAUGAUGGUAAACAAAAUUAUGAAGGAUAUACUACAAGUAGAUAUGAAACCAGAACGUUCCAAACCACAGAUGGUCAACCAAUCAGUAAUCUUAACGAGGAAUUUGCACGACUCCAACUUUUGAAUCAACCAGUUAAUGGCGGAGUUAAUGGACAAUCAUCGACACUACAUUCAAGCAGUUCCUCACAGUCAUCACACCAAAAGAUCAUUCAACGAAUGGAAGUAAAGGAGAGUCGUCAAGUAUCGUCAUCGUCCGAUAGCCGAAAUUAUAAGCUACAAUAGGAUAUAACAUCUGUCUUCUAAGCAGUUUAGCAGUUUAUUGUUGUUAAUAAAAAAAGUUUUUUAAAGUUUUUUACACAUGCAGAUGCAGACAUACACAAAGUGCCAGAAAUAUAAUUUUUUUAUAACAAAUUGUGGACGAAGAAGAUAAUUGUUGAUAACUUUUUAAUGUUGUGGCCUUUUUGGGGUGAGAAAUAAUGGAAUAUUUAUGAUGUUCAUCAAUUUAGGGGGUUGAGGGGUUGUUUGGCAAUGAAAUGAAAUGAUGGACGUCACUGAUAAAUGACCCCAAAGUCGUUUAUAUUCAUUAAUUGAGAAAAAUACUUACGAAUUAAUUUCAAUUUGAAUUUACAUAAAAUUUAGCAUCCAUUAAAUACUUACACAUAAUGUGCCUAAUUCUUUUUAUAUACGCGACAAUUUUUAAUUGUCAUUUUUUUAACGAUGAAUGGGAAAACUUAAGAACGAAAAAAAAAAUAUAAUUUUUUUGCCAAUAACUGUGCCAUUUUCUGGGGAAUUUGAGGAAGUGAAAAUUUGCUUGAGUGAAUUUUCGCAAUUUUUAACGAAAAAAAUAAAAAUAUAUAGAACUUAACAUUUAAUACUUGCUAAUUUUUUAGAGAAACCACAUACUUAUUUUAACUUACUUAAUUUGUAUUCACCAAAAGUAUGAACGAUAAUUACUCAUUAAUUAAUUAUUCAUAUUUUUUUCGUCUUAAUUGUAAAUUUGAUAAAUCUACUAAUUUUUUAGUAUUAUAUUCUACAAAUAAUAAUUAUUAUAAUAAUAUUUUCUUAAAUAAAAUAACGAGAAUUUUAGAAAUUUAAUAGAGUUUUGCGCAAAAUUAAUGUACAUUUUUACAAUUUUUAUUCAAUAAAGUAAAAAAUUC